AUGGAUGCUGCAUCUCACCACAAUCCAACACUUCCCAACAGUGCGAUCAUUCGAAAUCGAGGAUGCUUCUACCUGUCUGCAGCGCUGGCGUCUAUGCCAACCGAAACAGUGGUCACACCGCAUCUUGCGGACUAUCUAGAACAGGUAUUGGAGCCGCUUCCGAUUUCAUCAGGAGCCACGGUUACUUCAGUACCGUCAGGGGGAGAACAGCAAGAAGGUGUAGCACACAUUGUCGGCAUGGAUACCAGUGCGCUACCUAUUGACGUCUUGUUCUUCCUCACCGUUCAGAGCAGUACCAUCCGAUUUGACGGCCAACAACAGAGAAGCUCUGCUGCGGAUUGCCUUCUGAAACUGCCAUGUCUAUCAUUGAUGGCAUCCACUAGGCGUACAGUGGAAGACACCUAUGUGGGCGGCAUAGAUGUAUCGGCGACACUGAGCGCGUUCUCAUUGAGUAUUUACAGCCCUCAUCAGCAAUCUACGGCUCAUGAUGCAUUGUCACUUACCCUUGACCACUUAUCGUUCGUGAUUUCUCGAAGCAAGAAUUCGUCUGUGGAAGCCGAUAAUCGAGUAAAGUUCGUUCUCACGUCAAACAUUGGUGCAGCAAAUUUCAAUUACGACAUGCGACGUUUGAGUGAGCUUAUGGCGUUUCCGAAACCGUGGUAUCGUGCGGCAAUCGCUCGUCGAGUGUUCUUCGGUGAUCAGGCAGCUGCACACGACACAACGAGUCACCCACCGAGCACUAUCGCCAGUCAUCCACUAGUGGCUGCCAGGUAG